UUUAUCAUUACCUGUUCAUUUCUCUCCAUACCGAUCCUUUAUCUAGAAUGCAACUUCCUCCUUUUUCCUACCCUGGUCCCAAAGAUCUGUUUGUGUUGUCAUGCCAACUCCUAUGGUCAUUGAAACACAAGACGGCACAAACAGAUCGGUGACCAGGCUACCCUUUUCUAUUGAGCACCUUUACAUUGUAUUUCCAAACCUAGUUCUGUGUAGGCUAGUGGACCGCCAAGGACCUAUCCCUCUUCAUGUGCAUGAUUAGCGCUACCUCAGAGAAAUGGAGACAAUGCGACUGAGAAGAGACAUGAAGGCCCUUCUGAGCCUAAGAGUUUUAUGUUUUGAACAGGGGAGAUUACAUUGGUCAGAAACUGAGAGAGAAUGGCUUUGACCCCAAGGGGAAGGGAUCUACUACCAUGCUGGAUGACCUGGCUCAUUAUGACUUGGCCAUAAGUGUUGCGCUUUGGUGGCUGGAGAAAGAGGAGGGGCAUGAUGUGAUAGACAGAGACGUCGUUGGAGUGGGUAGCCCAGGGUAUAAUGUGCAGUACCCCAACCUUCUUGAAAGAGAGGCAAUGAUCCUCUCUUCCUUCGCUGGGAUGAUCCUGAAUAGCUUGCCUGUAGAAGACAUUCUAGCCCUCUACAGCACCAAACCAUCUGCCGCUUACCUCCACCAGCAUUCCAAGAGCACCAUCGUUCAUCCCUUUACCUUGUCCUACCACCCGCUUGCAAUGCUGGGCUCGUUCAAGGCCGUGGACCACUCCAGGAAGCAUACCCAGAAGUUGAAGUGGUGGCUGUCUGUGCAGGGUAAAGGAGGUGCUGCCUCUGCUGUACAGAGGGCCUUGGUGCAGUCCUCCUCCUCCUCCUCAUCCACAUCUAACACCUUCCUCAGUGUUAGUGGUGAGUCCUUAAAGGAACAAACAGAGCAUUAUGAAGGCUAACAAGAGUCUCUACAUGAUUAAGGAAAUUCCUAUCCUGUGUUAUUAUACUGUUAUUACAGGGUAUCAACCCUCCAGUGUGUUAUCAUACCUCUAGUGGUUUUCUCUAAGUAUCAAUCCUCCAGUGUGUUAUCAUACCUCUAGUGGUUUCCUCUAAGUAUCAACCCUCCAGUGUGUUAUCAUAUCACUAGUGGUUUCCUCUAAGUAUCAACCCUCCAGUGUGUUAUCAUACCUCUAGUGGUUUCCUCUAAGUAUCAACCCUCCAGUGUGUUAUCAUAUCACUAGUGGUUUCCUCUAAGUAUCAACCCUCCAGUGUGUUAUCAUACCUCUAGUGGUUUCCUCUAAGUAUCAACCCUCCAGUGUGUUUAUCAUAUCACUAGUGGUUUCCUCUAAGUAUCAAUCCUCCAGUGUGUUAUCAUAUCAUUAAUGGUUUCCUCUAAGUAUCAACCCUCCAGUGUGUUUAUCAUAUCACUAGUGGUUUCCACUAUAUUUGGUUUAACCCAUCUGUAAGGAAUCAAAUGUUUCACUACACCAUAUACAUUACUGUACAAUUACUAUACACUCUCUGUAACAAAUAAAAUAUGUAUUGCCUAUGUGGAAAGCAGGCAUAU